AUGGAUAGAAGUGAUGAAUAGGAAGAAAGUAUGAUUGAAGUUUAGCCUUAAUAGCCACAGGCUAUUGAAGAAAUAAAAUUAGACAACAAGGAAGAAAAGACUAUUAAAUUAUUAAAAUAGAUGAUAGAAGAAUCAGAUAUGGAUUGGGAAAGAGUAGAAAUUCAUUUAUAAAAAAGAUCAAAAAUAUCUAAGGAAUGUAUAUAAUAAUGCUUGCUCUACAGAACAUAUUCUCACUUUGGAUAUUAUUAUUACUGUACCUUUUGA